AUGUCAGGACUGAUUCUCAACUGUUUACUGCCCUUUGUGCGCCCUCCUCGCACUGUUUCGGUCCAGGAGGCCCAAAACAUGUCGACCGCCGACUACCUCGAUGCUGCAACACAGACAUCCUUUCUGACCUUCAACUCGGCCCCUUCGAUCGUCAACGAUCAGACCGUUCGCCAGAGCCUCGUCAGCGUCUUCGAGCAGCAGGCUCAAAAGAAUGGCUCCGCACCCUCCAUCCAACAGCUCUUCAACGCUGCCCGUGAGGCCUGUGCUGUCGAUCACGACAAGGACGUGAUUACCUGGCUCGAGACUCUUCUUAACGCCUCCAACCAUGGCAACCAGGGCAACCACGGAAACGGAGGUCAUGUUGUUACCCCUCCUCCAGUCACCCAUCCCACCACCAACAACAACAACCAGGGCGGAUCCAACAUCUUUAUCAACCCUAUCUUCUUCCCAUCGGAGGAGAGCUUUAAGCAGUUGGUCAAGACUCUCGAUGGCGCUCAGAAGUCUUUGGAUAUUUGUGUCUACACCAUCACCGACGACCACCUCGCCAACGCCAUCAUCAGGGCUCAUGAGCGUGGUGUCAAAGUCCGUAUCAUUUCUGAUAGCGAGAAGGCUGAUGACUUGGGCUCGGAUGUUAACCGUCUCCGUGAUAACAACGACAUCUCCACCCGCGUUGAUAAGAGCAAAUCGUUUAUGCACCACAAGUUUGCGGUUAUUGACGAUCAGUUGGUGAUCAAUGGCUCAUACAACUGGACCAAGGGAGCCCGUUUUGAUAACAGGGAGAACUUGACUUUAACCAACUCUCCCAAGGCCAUCCAGGGCUUCAAGGGCGAGUUUGAGCGUCUCUGGGCCGAGUUUGCCUAA